UUUGAAACUCACGCGCAGCACGUAGCAUAGCUGCGACCCUGCCUCUGUCGAACGCACGGCGUCAAAGCUGCGGUUGGGGCUGCCAAAGUGCUGCCCCAGCGGCAGGCUGCGGACAUGGCAUGGGGCCCGCGGGUCGCCGUCGCGCUGCUGGGAGCGGCCGCCGGCGCGCCCUCGCUCCGCGCGGCGCGCCGGACGGCCGAUGCGUGUGGUACGCUUGUGCCCAUUGCGGCCGACGAGUGCCCCGAAAGCCAUUACUGGUCAUAUUCUAACUUUCUUGAUUGCGACAUUGCGUUCUGCGGCGACCUCUGCAAUGGCGGCGGCACGUGCGGCACCGAUCUCGGCCUGAACAACUGCGAUCAUAUAGGGGGUGUUAUGAACUUCGACAUCUACAGGAAGUACUGCGGGACCCUACCCCCUACGCCACCACCAACGCCGCGCCCGACGGAAGCACCGACGCCAAGCCCGACGCCGCAGCCUACCAUGAAAAACUUCAUGACCGACAGCAGGAUCAGAACGGCAGUCGCCGCGUGGCUCGCGGACGCGGCCGCCGCCGAGGCGGCGUACGGCCACAUCUCGACGUGGGAGACGUCGGCCGUGACGGACAUGUCGUAUUUGUUUUGCGGCUAUUCUUACUGCUCUUGUUCAAAUUGUUGGUGCAGUGACUGCGACUCGGCCGCGGCGUCCUUCAACGAGGACAUCGGCGCGUGGGACACCUCGGGCGUGAAGACGAUGAAUAGCAUGUUCUAUCGGACCAAGGCCUUUAACCGAGACAUCGGUGCUUGGGCGGUCCAGAGCGUCACGCGCAUGGACACGAUGUUCGCCGAAGCCUCGGCCUUUAACCAGGACAUCGGCGGAUGGCAGGUCGACAGCGUCACGAGUAUGAGGUCAAUGUUCGGCAGCGCCCCGGCCUUCGACCAGGACCUCGGCUGGUGCGUGGACGACGGCGUCGACCUGGACAGAGCGUUCGGCGGCACCCCGUGCGCGUCGACGGAUUGCGGCGUCACGCAAGUGGACGACCUCGACGAUUGCCCGCCGCCGCCGCCGACGACCUCGCCAACGACGCUCGCGCCGACGACCUCGCCCGCGCCCACGGCGGCCCCGACGACCGCCGCGCCGUCGAUCUCGCACGCGCCGACAGCACCGCCGACGUCGUGGGAAGACAGGCUCAACGCGUUGCAGGACGAACUGUGGGACGAACACAACCCGAGUGGCAUCGGGAUGGUCCUGGCCGUCGUCACCUGCCUGGUCUGCAGCGUAUGCGUCCUCCUCGCCGUCUCGUUCUGCUUCGUGGGAAGCGCGCGCUUCGCAAAGCGCAAGACGACGCCCGGGGCGGCGCCGCCGACGGCGCUCCCGAAGCCGGUACCCUCGGCGCCGCCGCCGCCGCCCGUCCCGACGGCGCCGCCGCCGCCGCCCCAGAAGCAUAGCUGUCGCAACUGUGGAGCCAUAUUUCGGAGCAAGAACGCCCUGUUCCGGCACCUGCGCGACGAGCGGUGCGGGCAGGUGCCGCGCGCCACCGCGCCGCCGCCGCCGCCGCCGCCGUCGGCGUUUCUCGUGACCUGUCCGCACGGGGCCGGACCGGGAAGUCACUUGCGCGUCCGCGCCCCGACCACGGGCCAGGAGAUGACGGUGAUCGUCCCUCGCGGCGUCAAACCCGGCAGCCGUUUCGCCGUGCCGCUUCCCUCCGGCCCAAGCCGCCCGGCGAGGGCUAUUCCUACUAAGUAACCGGCCCAAGCCACCCGCCUCCGGCGAGGGCCAUGAUUCCUAC